CACAAUAACAGAUCCUUGAGCGAUCCAACUCAGAGGACGGUGAUUCACUACUUCAAGUAAUUCAUUGAAUAAGAGUGCAUAGAUGAUAGGAACCCCGGUACAUUUCAAAUCAAUCUUAAUAGGGAUUUUACUACGGUUGAAGAGGGCAGAAAAAUAAAAGAGAGCUGGAAGGAGAGACAAGCUAAGGCAGUCUGGCAGGCUGUUGGAAUUGGAUGAACUAUUUUCCAUCCUGCAAAAAGUUUCAACUAAUAUCCUGUAUGGGAGAAUACAAUUUUAUCCAAGAAAUAAGAAAAGCCAGCAGCAAUAUAUUGGAAGCUGAAGAAAUAGUGGCCAUGAAACAGAUGAAGCUGGGUUGCAUUCCACAUAUCCCUUGGACAAUAGGAAACAUUCUUGAUUGUGUUAGCCAAACAUGCCACAACACAAUUGCUGGAACCAGAUCAAGAGCUGAUAAAUACAGUCGCAAUUUGCAGCCUAAAAAACAUCGCAAGGUUACUAACACACCGGAAGAUGAUCAAGUGGAUUAUGAGUCUUCAAAGUCUGCCCCACCCAUUCAUAAUAAUCCCUGAAUUUCGCUAUUAAUUUCUACAUCACAAUUACAUAUUCCUAUUUUUCCAAUAUCCAUUGAUAAAAUAAAGGACAACUUUUUUGGGACCUUAGCUUGUUUUUUUUUUUUCAGAGGACCUAAGUUCAUGAACUAUUUUGGAAUUUGGACUGAUCAUUUAUAUUAGGAGUAUUUUUUAUUUUCGACUGAUCA